AUGGUAUUCUUCAAUAUUUUCGCUCCUACUCUCUUCGCUGGACUUGCUCCUACUUCUAACGAUCUUCGUUGGAGCGAAGAGCGUGAACUACGCCGCACUGCCGAUGCAGAUGCAAAAGGGGAAGGUGACGAACUCUCAUCCCUCAUUGGUUGGCUCAAGGAUUUUGCGUCAAACGAGUUUUUGAUAGUUAGUCUACUACCCCUAUAG